AUGGCAGGUGUAAUCAAAGAUGCUGUCUCCAAUGUCCUUGGAAAACUCCAGGGCACUGCUCCAGAGGUUCCCCGUGAACCCUCAGUGGAGGAGUUCCAAGCACUGCAGAAGAAGUACACAGACGCUGGACAAGGCCAUGUCUUUGCCUUUGUCGAGGAAUUGACCACUGUCGAGAAGUCACAGCUCUUCCACCAGCUGUCCAACUUUGACCCCACUCGGAUCAACGAGCUGGCCGACAAGGCCCUCAACCCUCCUCCCGCCGAGCAAGGGGCCGUGACCCUCGAGCCCCUCCCCCGAAAUAUCCAGAAAUGGUACGAAUCCGGCCUGAAGGAGGUCGCGGCGAACAAGGUGGCCGUGGUCUUGAUGGCUGGCGGGCAGGGUACCCGGCUCGGCAGCUCUGCCCCCAAGGGCUGCUUUGACAUUGGUCUGUUGAGCGAGAAAUCGCUGUUUCAGCUACAGGCUCAGCGUAUUCUCAAGCUGCAGUCUCUCAUCGGUGGUCAGAACGUGGUCAUCCCCUGGUACAUCAUGACCAGUGGGCCUACCCGCAAACCCACGGAGGAGUUCUUUGAGAAGAACAACUACUUCGGUCUGGACAAGAGCAAUGUUAUGAUCUUCGAGCAGGGUGUUCUGCCUUGUAUCUCCAAUGACGGCAAGAUUCUGCUCGAGACCAAGGGCAAGGCCGCCGUGGCUCCCGAUGGAAACGGUGGCAUCUACCAGGCCCUCGUGGUCUCCGGUGUGCGGGAGGACAUGCGCCGCCGUGGCAUCCAACACAUCCACCUCUACGGAGUGGACAACUGCCUGGUCAAGGUAGCGGACCCAGUAUUCAUUGGCUUUGCAGCCUCUAAGAACGUCGACAUCGCGACCAAGGUGGUGCGCAAGCGCAACGCUACCGAGUCCGUCGGCCUGAUCCUGUUGAAGAACGGCAAGCCCGACGUGGUCGAGUACUCUGAGAUUGACAAGGAGACUGCCGAGGCCAAGGACCCCAAGCAGCCCGAUGUCCUCAAGUACCGUGCCGCCAACAUCGUCAACCACUACUACUCCUUCCGGUUCCUCGAGUCGAUCGAGAACUGGGCGCACCAGCUGCCCCACCACGUGGCGCGCAAGAAGAUCGCCUGUGUCGAUGCCGAGUCCGGUAACGUCGUCAAGCCCGAGAAGCCUAACGGCAUCAAGCUGGAGCAGUUCGUCUUCGAUGUGUUCCCCAUGACGCCUCUGGAGAAGUUCGCUUCCCUUGAGGUGCACCGUCACGACGAGUUCUCGCCUUUGAAGAACGCCCGCGGCACUGGCGAGGACGACCCUGACACCAGCCGCGCUGAUAUCAUGGCCCAAGGUCAGCGAUGGGUUGAGGCUGCUGGUGGUAUUGUUAUUACGGAUGGCGAGGCCGUUGGUGUUGAAGUUUCUCCUCUGAUCAGCUACGGCGGUGAAAACCUGGAAUUCCUCAAGGGACGGGAGAUUAAGGCACCGGCCAUCCUGGAGCGGGAAGAGUAGAUUAGAUGUCUAACCAGUC